AACCAUCUUAUCCCCUAUAAAUAAAGCGGGGGUAAAAAAAACUCUGGACUACUGUCGUGAACACGAUGUCGCAGAGUACUAAGCAGAGAGUGGCGGUGAUAGGGGCGGGUCCUGCAGGCCUCUGCUGUCUCAAGCACCUGUGUGAUAAUCGUGACGUUUUUGAACCGGUUGCAUUUGAACGUAAUUUUUGGCCUGGAGGUAUCUGGAACUACAGUGACCAAACUAAGAAGGACGAUUUUGGACUUCCCAUUCACUCUCCUCUCUACAAUAAUCUAAAAAUCAAUAUUCCUAAAGAAAUACAAGAGUUUCCGGAUUUUCCCUAUCCCAAAGAAUGGACGACGUCGUUCAUUUCACGACAACAAUGCCUUCAAUACAUUAACAUGUUCGUAGACCACUACAAGCUGAGGCCAUACAUAAGGACGCAAACUUUUGUUCGAGAUGUCAAACCACUUAAAGAGACCCAGGAAAAGAGCCUUGUUAAAUGGCUGGUAACAUUUUCUCCCGUGAACAAGUUGUCUGAGAUCAAAACGGAAGUUUUCGAUUCAGUUCUCGUAUGUAACGGACAUGACACCAACGAGUACACUCCAAAUGUUCCAGGAAUGAAAUCAUUCGAGGGAAGAAUUAUUCACAGCAAGGAUUUUCGAUACGAGGAACACUUUGACGGUCUUAGAGUUGCUAUCCUGGGGUGCCAUUUCUCAGGGGAAGACAUUUCUAUGCAUGUCUCAAAGUUUGCUAAAAAGGUUUUUGCAUGCCACAGACGAGAUCCAGAGGAAUUCCCGCCGUCUUUCCCUAAAGAUAUAGAACAAAGGCCCCCGUUUGUCCGAAUGACAAGGGAUUCAGUUGUGUUUCCCGAUGGCUCUUCUGAAAAAGUGGAUGCAGUCAUAUUCUGUACUGGAUAUCGUUAUUCCUUUCCUUUCUUUAAAGAGGACAUCAUAACGAUAAAAGACGAACGCAUCCAGCCCAUAUAUAAACACAUGGUUCACAUUGAAUACCAAAACCUGAUUUUUCUUGGGAUUCCUCGUCAAUUGACCUACUUUCCUCACUAUUAUGGAAUGGCAAAACUUGCGGUAUUGAUACUUGCUGGGAAAGCCAAACUACCAACAAAAGAAAAGAUGAGGGCUGAUAGUGAAGCCGAUUUCCAGUCUCGUUUGAAAGAUGGAAAACCGCCAUCCUUUGCCCAUUACAUGGGAGAUAUUGAUAGGCAAUUUCGGUACAACAAGGAACUUGCAAAGUGGGGAGGAUUUGAUCCGCUCCCGCCCGUUGUCCAGAUGAUUUGGGAUGACGUAAUGGAUGAAAGAUACAUGAAUCUUCCACACGUAAACGAAUUCGACUAUCGCAUUACUGGGCCUAAAUCGUAUAUAUGCUUGAACCCAGAAAAGGUUAAAUCCAGAAAAUCAAAGGCUGAGAAUGUUUUAAAAGGAAAGUAAUCGUAACAUCCCUAACAAUACAUACAUUCAUCAACACUUUUAGUAACCAAAAAUGUUUAAACGCAGAGUUGCAAUAUAGCCAAGACAUUUCUCUCUAUUGGACAAUUGAUAUGAUUUUUCAUUGUUCAACAGCAAUGCAAAGUGUUCAAUUUUCUUAAAUUGAAAAGUAAUUUAUACGAAAACAUAUGCUGACAUAUUUUAAUAAAAACUGGAAAAAAAACAGUUUAGCAUUUAACAUAUAUAAACUUUCAAGCAGAACACCUAGUUAUAUUUGUUUUAUUGAAAUAAAGAAUAAAUAUGUUUUAAAGUAAGAUAUGACCAUGAUAGAAAAUUUGGCCUUGUACACGUAUGACAAUAAAGAUUUCAAUUUUGUAAUCUACAUAGGUAUAAAGGAUUUCCUAUUCAAACUCUUAGAAAGAAAGUUAGGCCUUUGUGCAUGUAACCUUUGUUUGACGUAUUUUACCAUGUUUAUUAGACAUUGAUUAAUAAAUUAUACACAGCAAUCUUAUUAUGCUCUCCAUAUACAAUACCUCUGUAGAAUAUUUUAGUUUCAACUUGAUAUAUUUGUUUUAUAUUUUACAAUGUAUUAACUUUAAAUGUUUUAUUAUAAUUUGUUGUUUCGGUUUUUUUUCUUUUUAAGAAGAACUAAAUUUGAUCAAAUGAGUUUUGCUGUGUCUUAGAAUGAGCAUAAAAGAUUAUAGUUCUUUGCGUUUUUUUCCCUAUUUUUUUCUUGUAAAACGCCAUGCUUGUAUAUAUAAGAAAUAUCAUAUUUCAAGAUAUUUGUACAUUAUGAUUUUAAAAAAAAGCAACUCAGAUCUUUUUUAUAUAGGCGUUAUCCAAAGCUUAAUAAAUGUUAAAAUGUGAAUGGAAUCUACUUGUUUAAUCUUUAUUUAGGAUUCCUGAAGCUUUAAAUGUAUUUAAAGAUAAAUCUGCGGUGCAAGGUCGGUUUUAAUUUUCAUUUACAAGUUAUGUACUUAAGUACAGAAAUUUAUAUAUAAGAAUUCUCUUAAGUAGAUAAAACCAUAUUUGAUAUGAUAUCACUUGACUUCGUAACUUAUUAUAGGUGGCCAGCUAUGUAUGUGCGUGUUUGAAGUAGCAUGUGAACAUUAUGGCAUACUGAGGCCUUCGAGGAAAUUCUACGUACUAAGGUGUUGAAGGCUAGAGGGACGUGCGACUGUUGGACAGUAUCGCAACCGUGUGUAUGAGUAACCAACGUCGGUGUGUCUACGACCAGUUUACGGUAACGUCUUGGGUCAACCUUGUGGUCUCGACAGUCAGUGGCUUCGAUUUUGAUUUUAUUCGUAUAUUGCAAUGAAACAUUUGUCGGGUCUGGUAUGACGUUAUUAUAGUCGGUAUAUUGAUACUGUCAAUAUUAUUUUUGUUGUUGUUGUUGUUGUUUAUUAUUAUUUUUUUUAUUUGUGCGAGUGCUGUAGAUGUGCGUGUUGUGUGU